AUGCCGGGUCAUCUUGACCAAGACAUAUCUCAGUUGCUCGUGAGGAAUCUACGUACGAUACGUGUAGUCCACAGGAUAACCUCCUUUUGCGCAUCGCUUAUUAUGCUCUCAUCGAGGCCGAGCUUCAAAGUAUUCUCCACCAGAUGUGUUUCGACAAGACCAUUGGUUGUUAUGAUGAGAGGAAGGAUUCUUGUGCAGUCUCUUCUCGAAGAGCACAAUGUCGGGACGAUUGUGUGGAAUGGACCUGUCUGUUAUGAGUGGUUGGUCCCAGUACAGCUUCACCUCCCCAUUCUCCAGGAUCUCUUUUGGUGA